GAAACCCAAACCCAAACCCAAACCCAAACCCAAACCCAAACCCAAACCCAAACCCAAACCCAAACCCAAACCCAAACCCAAACCCAAACCCAAACCCAAACCCAAACCCAAACCCAAACCCAAACCCAAACCCAAACCCAAACCCAAACCCAAACCCAAACCCAAACCCAAACCCAAACCCAAACCCAAACCCAAACCCAAACCCAAACCCAAACCCAAACCCAAACCCAAACCCAAACCCAAACCCAAACCCAAACCCAAACCCAAACCCAAACCCAAACCCAAACCCAAACCCAAACCCAAACCCAAACCCAAACCCAAACCCAAACCCAAACCCAAACCCAAACCCAAACCCAAACCCAACCUUCAAACCCUAGCCCAAAAUUAUAAACUUAUUCAAAUAUCAUAA